AUGAUCUGCAGCGCAAGCUGCAGGGUCCCAGCCCCCAGUGCCCAGCACCCAGCGCCCAGCACCCAGCAGCCAGCCCCCAGGCCCCAGCAGCCAGCACCCAGCCCCCAGCACCCAGCACCCAGCGCCCAGCCCCCAGCACCCAGCGCCCAGCCCCCAGCGCCCGGCACCCAGCACCCAGGCCCCGGCAGCCAGCCCCCAGCGCCCAGCCCCCAGCGCCCAGCGCCCAGUGCCCAGCCCCCAGACCCCAGUGCCCAGCGCCCAGGCCCCAGCACCCAGCGCCCAGGCCCCAGCACCCAGCACCCAGCCCCCAGCGCCCAGCGCCCAGCACCCAGCGCCCAGCCCCCAGCCCCCAGCCCCCAGCUCUGUGUAGGGCCCUCCAGCCUUCCCCAGCCUCUGCCUCUGGCUUCCCUCCCGCAGCUGCAGAGUCCCAGCGCCCAGAACCCAGGCCCCAGCAGCCAGCCCCCAGCCCCCAGCGCCCAGCACCCAGCACCCAGCACCCAGCGCCCAGCCCCCAGGCCCCAGCAGCUAGCCCCCAGUCCCCGGGCCCCAGCGCCCAGCCCCCAGCGCCUGGCCCCCAGCGCCCAGCGCCCAGCCCCCAGCCCCCAGCGCCCAGCGCCCAGAACCCAGCAGCCAGCCCCCAGCGCCCAGCCCCCAGUGCCCAGCGCCCAGCAGCCAGCCCCCAGGCCCCAGCAGCCAGCCCCCAGCCCCCAGCCCCCAGCGCCCCGGCCCCAGCCCCCAGCCCCCAGCGCCCAGUGCCCAGCACCCAGCGCCCAGCGCCCAGGCCCCAGCACCCAGCACCCAGCGCCCAGGCCCCAGCACCCAGCACCCAGCACCCAGCGCCCAGGCCCCAGCACCCAGUGCCCAGCACCCAGGCCCCAGCCCCAGCCCCUAGCCCCCAGCGCCCAGGCCCCAGCACCCAGCACCCAGCACCCAGCGCCCAGCACCCAGGCCCCAGCAGCCAGCCCCCAGCCUCCAGCCCCCAGUGCCCAGUGCCUAGCACCCAGCGCCCAGCGCUCAGCACCCAGGCCCCAGCCCCCAGCCCCCAGCCCCCAGCGCCCAGCCCCUAGCGCCCAGGCCCCAGCCCCCAGCCCCCAGCCCCCAGCGCCCAGGCCCCAGCCCCCAGGCCCCAGCACCCAGCACCCAGCGCCCAGCACCCAGGCCCCAGCACCCAGGCCCCAGCACCCAGUGCCCAGCGCCCAGCGCCCAGGCCCCAGCCCCCAGGCCCCAGCGCCCAGCACCCAGCACCCAGCCUCCACUGCUGGCUGUGCGCCCAGCCCUUCCCGCGGCGGGUUUCCAGCUCCGUGGCCGGCCACUCCGCGGUCCGCGCCUCGGGCCUGGGGAAGCUCCCGGGGCAGGCGGCUCCAGCCCUCGCGGGCAGUGCCCCUGGCAGCCUCCCGCGCCCCUGGCGCUGUCCCUGAUCGCGUCAGGCUGAGUCUAAGAGGAGGCCGGGAGCAGAGGGGGUCGGGGAGAUACGGGGUGCUGGGCCAGCGCGGCACGCCGCCUGGGGCGCGGGCCCUCCAAGGUCCCCCAGGUGCCCCCAGCAUCAGCGCGGCCGCCGGGCUGGAAGACGCUGCCCUGAGUGGAGUCCGAGCGCCCUCUGCUGGUCGCCGUGCGCAGAGGCGGGCGCUGGCAUCUGCGCGGGCGGCCGGGGCCGCAAAGGCGGUGGACGCUGACCAGCCGGGGGCUCAUCAGAACAAAUCCCCAAGUGUCCUCUAA